AUGAAGCCGUUUAUUCAUGCAGACGAAUAUGUGAACAGAAAGAACUUUGCUAGUAUAAAUAUACAAGCAACGUGCAAUUCAAACGAAGAGUUCACAAGUGUGGAUGUUUCUUGGCCAGGAUUUGUACUCGACUCUCGGAUAUGGAAGAAUUCUGAUAUAUACAACGUUAUGAAAUUGAAUAGGGCUAGUGCUGUUUUGUUGGGAGUCUCUGGGUAUGUAUAG